AAGUGAGGAAGUCCGACUCGUCAACGGCUAGGGCGAGAUCACAUGUUGCGAGACAUUUAGCAGUGUUUGACUUUAGUUAAUUAGAUCUCAUUUAGUCUAGCCUAGUAUAUCUACCUGUAGUUGCUAAUAGACUUCAAGGGGGGAUCAAACCACUUCGUCAGAAAUAUCAAACAGGUGUAAAAGUAACAUUUCUCUUUCAAUUAGAUGUUGUCUCUCUUUAGCUUCGCAUCCAACGACAUGUCUACGUCAUUAACUUCCUGCCUACGUCACUGUGUUCGUCACGCGUCUCGAGCCUUUGUCGUCAUUGUUAUUUUAUCAAUACUAGUCAACGCCACGCCCCAUUUCUUGAACGAGGAAGACGUAGAGGAAGAGACGAGCAUGGAGUUGCCAGACAAAAGAAUAGCACGUCUGUCCUACUUCCGCUCGCCGUCAGGUGGCUCUCCAAGACGAAGGUACGAUUCCUAUGGUUACGGUAGCGGUUAUUACGCAGGCUAUGGGAAGUAUGGGAAAAAAGCGGUGAGCAGGUACAAGAUGCCAUGGGAGAAUCUUCCAAACACAAACUGCCUUCGGAAAUUCUGUAGCACAGAUGACGACUGUUGCAGGCGAUACAACAAGUGUAAUGUCCAGGCCCGCAUCUGCUACGACUGCUGGUACGGUCACCCUUGCAACUCCAACAGAGACUGCUGUGAAAAGUUCCCCUACUGUAACCCAAUGCUAAACACAUGUAGCAAAUGAAACCACCAUCAAAGGGAAAUUACUCUAAUAAUUUGAUUUAUCAGAAGUGUCAGAAUAAUACUUUAUAAAAUUGUGAUUGUUACAAAAACAAAAUUACAUUAGAAAUCCGGUAUUUGAAAGGUAAAGUUUAAAUAAAUUAAUUUAAGUUAACUUAUUAAAUUAAAUAAUUGGUUUAAAGAAACUAUCACAUCUAUAUCAAUACUUCAAGGUACAGAGUAUCUAGAUAAUUAUAUGUUUGGGAAUUUUGCAUACAUGUACCUGUAUUUAAUCUUAUGCUUUGAAAUAGAAAGCUUGUAAUGAACUAAUGUAAUGACUUCAUAGGUGCCAAGUUUGAAAUACAAAGCUUGUAUUUAUCAAGUGUAAUGAAAUUAUGUAAUAACUGCCAACUCUUAUUUUUCCUGUAUAUGGAGUGAUCUUUGACUAAACCUACAUCCCAUAAAAACUGAAUUAUGAAAUUCUUUUAUUUCUUAAUAUUUUAUCCACUGCUUUAGAUCUAUAACAGAUUGACCUCUGAAUGUUUGUAUUGCCCUCCUUCUAUUUAAAACUGAACUUUCUUUAACAUUCAAAUGAUUUUUUUGGUUGGUGAAAAGUUUAAAGGCUAAAAUAAAACAUGUUUACAAGUC